CGGGACUUUCCGUGUUGACGGAUAUGACGGCCAGCUUCUGAGAAAGAGAGAGAAAGAGAGCGAAAGAGAGAGAGAUAUAGAGGCUGUGGUUCAACACUUAGUUAGCUGCCUAUCUAGACUCCACUUUUGGGCACCGUCAGCGCUAUCCUAAAUGACAGUAUUGUAGUUACGGGAAAUCAGAUUCAUUUUCGCGAAUCGGUUCUCGGCUCAUAAUGUUUUGGUUCACAGAGUUUGGAGUAGGCUACCCAAGAAAGCAUUGCAUUUAGUGAAACUGAUUCAUUGCAAACAUCACGAAUUCUUUAGGAAAGUACAGCCUAUAAGUGGCUUCACUUAAGGACCUGUUUUUGCGAAACUUUUUUAUUUUGCUUUUCAGGUCAUACUUCGGACGCAGCUUCGAGUCUGGCUGUCACCGUAACGGCGUUUUAAAUUGAUGAAAAUUAGUUCAGUUAAAUAAACCCCCCUGGAGGUCAUUUCGUUUUUUUUUAGCAUAACACGCAUUGUACGUGAACGCUCUGUAGGCGGGGUCGAGCUAGCGAGCUGCUUACAUAGUCUUCUUCUUUUUGUUUUAGUACCCUCACCUCACUAGGUUUUGAGACAGAGCCACGGUGAAACGCGUCUCCAUCACGUUCACUUAGCCUAUAAUUUAAAAAUAACCCCACACCUUUUUUUCUUUCUCUAUUUUAAUAUUUAGUAGACUUUUUCCACUAAUUAUUAUUAGCAAGAUCCUUGCCUGACAAGUGGGCGGAAAACAGCGCAAUAUUUCCGGGUGUUUGAUGAGGGGGAACCCCGUGGUGUUUUUCUACCCUGUUUCAGACCCGUCGUUAAACGGGGUUUCGUCCACACCGGGUGAGAACGAGUACCCGUCGGGUUUCCCUCAGAGCAUCUGCGAUGAAGUCCCGAAGGAGAAGUACUUGUGCAGCAACUGUAAUAAUGUGUUGAAUAAAGCGCGUCAAACCGUGUGCGGUCACCGCUACUGCCUCGCGUGCGUCAACUGGCUGGUCAGAAACAACAAGGAUCUUGUGUGCACAAAAUGUAAAGAAGAAGAUCCCAGUUUUGAGAAUGACACUAGCGUAUUGACUCUUGACCAGUUCUUCAACGAUGCCGCCAUUAAUAAGGAAAUUUUGGAUCUGAAAGUUCACUGUGCCAACCAAGGCUGCCCCUGGAGAAGCACCCUGAAGAACUUUGAGGACCAUCAGAGUCAGUGUGAAUAUGCCCUGAUCCCUUGCAACAUUGGCUGUGGCUUAAUGGUGCAGAGGAAAUCACUGGCUACACAUCUGGAGAGAGGCUGUCCCAACAACAAGACCACAUGUCCUUCUUGUUCAGGUGUCCUGACACCGAGAGAGCUCCAGAAGCAUGUUUGUCCCAGUUCAGGUGAUAAGAAGACGACGAAGACAGAUAAACGACAAAAGAAUAAUCACCCAAGCAGCUCAAAAAAGAAGGAGCCAUGCAUUUUCUCAGACGUUGGUUGUCCUUUUAAGGGCAAUGCGGACAAAGUAAAAGAGCAUGAAUCCUGCAGCCAUGUUGGCCAUCUACAGCUUCUCUUGGAUGUGACCAGAGCUCUUCAGCGUACCUUGAAUUCUUCAGCUGAGCGAAGCCACCAUGAAAGCCCUGAUCUUCUUCAGCCUGGACAGUGUGGUGCUUCCCACAUUUCUCAGAGCGAGGGUGAGAUUGAGAGCGACGGAGGGGAUCCAGGAGUGAGUGAUAAGGCCCUCAGUCUCCACGACGAUCAGGCUGAACUUGCUGUAGGCCAGCAACUGGACGCUCUACAGCAGAGAGUGCAGGUUCUGGAGAACAUCAUCUCAGCUUUGAACCGAGAAGUGGAGAAGACGCAGAUCAGUGUUGUUGCGCUGGAGAGGGACAAUUACAACAGUCAACACCUCAUUCAGCACUUGGAAACCAAGGUAGCGGAACAGCAGCAGAGACUGGUCAGGAAAGACAUUCAGAUCAGUUCAUUGCAGCAGUGUAUCAGCGCCCAGCAGGACAUCUCGUAUGAUGGCACCUUCCUCUGGCGGUUGUGUGAUGUCAGCCAGAGCCUGAGAGAGGCUGCCAGCGGCGAAAAGAUCAGUCAGUACUCGCCAGCGUUCUACACUGCCAGGUAUGGAUUUAAGGUGCGCAUGCGGCUCUACUUGAACGGAGAUGGGGUUGGAAAGGGAACACACAUCUCGCUUUUCUUUGUUAUAAUGAAAGGAGAAUACGACGCCAUUCUUUCAUGGCCAUUCAGACACAAGGUCACAUUCUUUCUCAUAGAUCAGAACCAGAGGGAGCACGUCAUCGACGCUUUCCGUCCAGACCUCUCCUCUGCAUCUUUCCACCGCCCCGUCUCAGAGAUGAAUGUGGCCAGCGGGUGCCCCCUGUUCUUCCCUCUGGGGAAAAUGAGGUCGACUAAGCAUGCGUACUGCAAGGAUGACACCAUCUAUAUCAAGUGUGUGGUGGACACCUCCUCCUGAAGCAUGAAGGCCUGGCUGUUAAAGAGGACUGGAUUUCUUAAGGGAGCAUAAAAAUUCUGGAUCCAGACAAAAUGAAUAUGGAGAGAAGAGAAACAAAUCCAGAAAUAUUUAUGAACUGAAAAGUUUUGUCUCUGUUGCAUUUUGGUUCUUUGGGUACAUGAAUAAAAUACAUUUUUAGAUUGACACCUGGCUCUUAAUGUUUUAAACAGUGACUCUUUCUGGUGUUAUUUUGGAUGUACUGCGGUUUUAUUUAUUAUGGAAUGAACUGGAUUUUGAAUAUCAUUCUGACAGUUUUCCCAUUUUACAUGUUAUAAUAAAUAAAAUGUGUUUACCACCUUG